AUAGCACCACCUUCGUUACUCACCACCGUCGUCAAUAAGUUCCCCAACCUCAAGACAAUAUGGGAAAAGUUCACGGAUCUCUUGCCCGUGCCGGCAAAGUCAAGUCUCAAACACCAAAGGUUGAUAAGCAGGAGAAGAAGAAAACUCCCAAGGGCCGUGCUAAGAAGCGCAUCAUCUACAACCGCAGAUUCGUCAAUGUUACGACUCUCCCUGGAGGCAAACGGCGGAUGAACCCGAACCCCGAGAAGUAAAAAAACACCACCACCCGGGAUCCAGUGGCACAGUCAUAUCAGGUGCCUGUGCAAGACCACUGUCGCGAUAGAAAAGACUUACUGGAGGGUUUUCGCGAUCCGUUUUGUCCUGCUAUUAUUGCAUCACCAUUAUCUGCAUAUUCUCAUGCUACGAUAUGCCACACAUUAUGCCCAAUUUACAUCUAUGAGGGCCAUAUCGCUCUGUUUGUUGCUU